AUGGCACCUGCUAUGGUCGCUAUUGGCAACGAGCUCCUUCAAGGAGGUCUCCCUCCUACAUCAUUUUUCGAGGGACUCAUCAUUCAACUACGCAAACAAGGGGACUCGGACGACGCGAUGGACUACAAGCCGAUCGCACUGCUAGAGACUGGGUAG